AUGGCAAAUGAUCAUCCAAAAAUGGUUGCAUCCUUCUCUUAUCCUUUUGUUGCAUUUGUUUUUGUUCUUUGCAUGUCUAUUACUAAUGGUCAAUAUGCCAACUUUAAUAAGCUGGAAUUGCCCCAAGGGGUCAGCGGACCUGAAUCGGCCGCAUUUCGUGGAGUACUAGUUUUCUCUGAAGGUCCCUUCACGACUGUCACUGAUGGUAGGAUUUUGAAAUGGCAAGGCCCUAAUGUCGGUUUUGUGGAUUUUGCAUAUACUUCACCCCAAAGGACAAAACAAUUUUGUGAUGGCAACACAGAUAGUGAAAAGGGUCCGAUAUGCGGUCGACCAUUGGCUCUUAGCUUUCACCCUGUAACUGGACUUCUCUAUAUAGCCGAUGCGUUUUUUGGACUUCUAGUUGUUGGCCCUCAAGGUGGGCUUGCAACUCAGCUCGUGGGCGGCUUCAAGUUUCUUACUGGACUUGACAUUGACUUGUUAAGGGGCGAUAUAUAUCUUUCCGACUCUAGUUUGGUUUAUGACAUUAGAAAUGCUACACAACCGGGAUUUACGCCUGACUCAACUGGGAGGUUCUUACGUUAUAACCCACAUAACAGACAAGUAACCACUUUGCUUAGUGGCCUAUUCGGUGGGGGUGGGCCUGCGGUGAGUAAAGAUGGUACAUUCGUUCUUGUAGCUGAGCUUCUUCGUAAGCGGAUCUCAAAGUACUGGCUCGUGGGGUCUAAAGCAAAUACCGCAGAAGUUUUGCUAGAUCUGGAUGGGAACCCAAAUAAGAUAAAGCGUGCAGAAAGAAAGGGAGAGUUUUGGGUGGCAGUUUCUGUUGGAAACCAACCACGAGCACCUCUAGUCGUACCAAGGGGAAUACGUAUUAAUUCAGACGGAGUUGUGUUGCAAACGGUGUCGUUUGCAACACAAUUCUUCAACAAAUCGAUAAGUAUAGUUCAGGAGCGAGAUGGAAAACUUUAUGUAGGCUCUAGGAACACCACUUCCAUUGGUGUCUACUCUAAUUAG